AUGUUCCCCUUCGAUGGUACGUAUAUUGAUAUUACCAAUGGCAAGAUGGUUCGGCCCAAGCACCAUUCGAGCAAGGACAAGAAGGAUCACAAGGUCUCUACCCAUUCGUCCAAGAAGCACCACCCGGAAUCUCAGAAGAGACAUUCCAGCCACUCCUACACCAGUACCACCCACGAGGACCACCCACCCCACCACACCGCGGAAGAUUGGAAGGACCAUGACCCGGCUCUCCGGAUCCCCUUUUCCUCCACCGACUACGAAUCGGAGGCGGUGUGUUCCCUCUCGGCGGCGAAACUGGUGAUCUCGCCGAGCUUCUGCUUCGAGGACGCCUUGUGGGCGGGCUGCUCGCGGCAGCUGGCCGGCUGGAGCAACGUGAAGACGCGGGUGGGGCUGGGGACGACGAAGCGACUCUGCUCGGUGGUCCUGGACACCGGUGCCCCGUUUAGCAUCAUGAGACCCGACCACGCGCGCGAUAUCCCCGGGGCCGAGAUCCGUCCCUGCGAGUCACCCUUCCCGGUGCAUAGCUGGGACCAGGAGGACGUCCAGCACGAGGUGACCGAAUACGCGGUGUUCCACAUGUUCAUCCCCGAGCAUCUGGGCCGGCCCAACGCGGACCGGCGCUGGGCACGCAUCGUCGUCCGGGCCUUUUGCGUUCCCGGGACGUCGGACACCUUGUCUCUCGUGCUGGGCUCCUCCCUCAUGGCCCAGGAGGGGAUCAUCCUCGACCUCAAAAAUGGCGUCGGAGUGGUGGACCCAGUUGAUCUGGAGUUCCGCCUGGAUAUGGAUUAUAAUCCCGAGGCGGCGCAUCGUAAUCUCCAGUGA